AGCCGAACCCGGACCCUAGCAACGCCAACCGCCCCGCGGCACUGCCGGCCGAGCGGAGCCGAGUGGAGCCGAACCCGGACCCUAGCAACGCCAACCGCUUACACCCAGCGGUAUGAAUAUUGGAUUCUCCAACAUCAAUCGUUAAAAUGGAAGAAAGCGAGACCCUUGAUUUUCAGGCUCUGGAACGGGAGUUACAAAUCGCCUUGACACUUGAUGAGAAACAUAAACGAGAAAAUGAUGCCAAGUUUAGGGCUAUUCAUCAGAAAGUUGGAUCAUAUGAAGAAUUUAGGGAUAUUGUGCUAGCUUCACAUCUGAAGCCCUUGGAAAUGCGAGACAAGUUGGGAGCAAGGAAUCAACCCUGGAAUUCAUGUGCCGGGGUAACAAGUGCAAAGGCCAGUGUUCCAGUGGAAUUAUCCAAGUACACAGAUUCCUGGCCUCGGACCUCAGCGGAGUUUAGCCGUGACUGGAGAAGAUACUACUGUACAGGACCAGAGAAAUAUGCCUUCCUUGUCACCUUAGGUGCCCAGCUCUUAGAAAGCAUCUUCUGUGCCGAAAUAGGAUUUGGACUCCUUGGUGAAUUCCUAGUCAUACUUUGUAAUCAUUUCCAACCAGAAGAUGCUCAAGCAAUUUAUUGGAUUCUGCUGCACCUUUCUCAGACUCAACGGUUUGGCCUGAGUGUGGAUUUCCUGAGCAGCAGUGAGAGGGAGAAAGGCCAAAGGCUGUUUCAGAUGCUGGAACAGAAGCUGGGUGUACCUUUGCAGCGGGGAAGUAAGGCAGAACUGGAUCCCGCGGGGGCUGCACAAGAGGCAUGUGUUACCGAGGAGACAGUAAAUGUGACAGCAAUGCAGCAAUUGAUGAAAUCAUACAGGUUUACCUAGUGCUUUAUAUCUGAACUACUCUACCCCAUUUCAUGCUAUUGUUAAUUUCCCUGCACAUCUCACAGUACAAAAUAUGAUUUUUUUUUCUAAAUAGGAAUGUAAAUAUAAGGACCAUAAAUGAAGCAGUAGCAAGUGUAUGCAAUGUGACUCUUCAGGCUCGUUAUACCUUUCAAUAAGAUCAUGACUGAAUUUAAAAUACAACUCUAUUUUCUUAUUGUAACCCUUUUCCCCUAAGACAAAGCAUCUCACUGUGUCUCACUGUGACUUGUCACAUGUGACAAUAAAAGUAUCUAAUCUAAUCUCCCUUCGUAUUUUUUGCAUCCAUAAUCUGUGACCUUGAUUUUAAAUAGAAUAAAUUGAGCAUCAACUGUCUAAGGUAAAAAAAUCCUUUAAAAAAAAAAAGUUAUUUUUGAUUUGUCAAUUCCCCUGUGGUUCAUUCAGAGCCAUUGGGCUCUCUUACACCUGGAUUUAUCAGCUAUUAACUAUUCUGAACUAGCAUGUCGGUCUGGUAUGUACAGAUUUGAAACAGGCAAUUGCUUGUAUGAGACAACUGCAAUAACCGCAAUCCAUUUGUGUUCAUAUCAGUUUCCAAGUUGCCAUUUACAGUCCUAAAUGUUCUUUAUUUCAGGUUGUCUAUUUUCAGUUAAUUUGUGCAUCUGGUUUAUUAACUCUAAUUAAAUCAAUUCAAUCACUAUUUUAAUAAUUGCCCAUGGCAUCAUAGAGCUGUACAGCACACAUAUAGACAUUCAGUCCAACUCGCCUCGGCCGAUCAACUUGCCUUCACGAGUUAGUCACACUUGCCUGUGCACGAGUCAUAUUCCUCCAAACCUUUCCUAUCCAUGUACCUGUCCAACACUUUCAAAUUUAUUAAUUAUACUUGCUUCUCCCAUUUCCUUUGGCAACUCACCCCAAAUACAUUUGUAAAAAAGGUUGCUCCUCAAAUCUCCUUUAAUUUUUUCCCCAUCUCAUUUUAAACCUAUGCCCUCUAGUUUUAGACUCCCGUACGCUGGGGAAAAUAAUUUAUUUAUGCCGAACAACAAUCUGAAGAAGGGUCUCGACCCGAAGAAGGGUCUCGACCAGCCAUUGAACUUUGCAGGAAAUUGUGUUUGAACCAACAUUCUUGCUCUAUGAGAUAUAAACUGUAACAUUAAAUGGUGGGCACGUCACAUCAGGCUGAUGCUUGUUUUCUGAGGUUGGGUAAUGUCUUCAUUGUUUUGUAGGUAUAUGAACUCUUUCCUGGCAGCUAUACUAGCAUUCCAUGGCCACUGGGCUAGAAUUCUGUCUGCUGGGACUAGGAAAAUAUAAUGCAAAUAAAGGAAUGAAAAAUGUUAAUCGAGAUUUCUAUUUCUCUUCCAUUAAGUUUCUGGAACAUUUUGCAUAUCAAUUGGUGAACCUGCUGAUGAUAUUGGUUACAGAGGAUCCCUCAUAAUGUGCACAUUUUGGACAGUCUGUGGCACGUACACCUACCUGUAUGUUAAAUUCCAGUUUUUGCCUCUCUGUUCAUGGUUUAGUAUCCACCUUCAUAUCCCUUUCUGGCUCCCCUUCCAAGCCCUAACAUCCACUGUUCCAGACCUAAUUUAGCUGAAACUCUUUGGGUGGGGAUAUGAACAGAUAAUCCCAACUAAGGGAGGAUCAAAUGCAUCAACCUUCAUCCAGGCAAUCUAUACUAAAUAUCCAAAUGUAGAUUGGGGGAUGAUUCUGCUAUCUUUGCGAAAGUGGCCUUUAGAAGGAUGAAUGUCAGAUAUUGAAUGUCUUGCUAGUCUGUGUCUGAAUUAAGGACAUAUAUAUGUAUUGCUAAUGUGUUUUCGUCAACAGAAUACGCGACCCAUUCGAUAGGCUCUCUAUGGCUAUCAGAUGUUAUGCGGUUAUCUUAUGUUGUCAAACUUUUCUGCUCUUGAAUAUAUAAUAAAAACAAAUAAAAAGAU